AUGUUUAGUAAAGUUAAAGAUAUUUUGGUUUAUGCAUUGAAAAACAUUGAUAGCCAACAAUUCAAGUCAUUUAAAACUAAACUAAACAUCUGUGAGUUACCAUCACCGUGGCAUGGGAUAGCCAAUAGUACUCUCCAAAAUCUAGACCAGGAGGACACAGCAACCCAUAUCAUCAGCUAUAACACCAUCAAUCAGGCUCCGGAGAUCGUCAUGUGGAUCCUGGAAAAGAUAAACGAGAGACAGCUCUGCCUUGAGGUUCGAACCAAGUUGAAGAAAGGUGAGAUACAGUAUUUGUCCUUAGUAACUAAGCUGCCAUCUGUUUAUGUUUGUUUGGUACUGGGAACGGAUAUUACUUGUUAAACUAAUCAUUUUUAUAAUACACGUUCUGUGCAGGGAGUUGCAUCAAUUGCUCUAUUUUCCCGGCCUGAGCAAAAUACAAAGUAAACAAAAUACACAAUGACAAACCCAUUACAUACAGACAUACAUAUGAGUAUAAAAGUAACUAUAUAUAUAGAAACAUUAUGAGAUUUUGAAAAAACCCUAUGGACUGGUUUUAUUGCGUUGCAUUUAUUUAAAUUGUUUUUUGCAAUCCAGUUAUUUUUUUUUAAAUUUUAAUAGUUUAGCUAUUUUGACGUCAAAAUUUGAAAUUCACGUCAAAUGCACUCUGAAUUCUCACGUUAAUGAAUAAACCUGUAGAUUUUGCAAUUUAAUUCACGAACGUGUCCGAUGUGUGGAAUAGACCCAUACAUUUUAAUUCAAUUGUGUGUGUGUGUGUGUGUGUAUGUAUGUAUGUAUGUAUGUAUGUAUGUGUGUGUGUAUAUAUAUAUAUAUAUAUAUAUAUAUAUACAUACAAUCUCAAUUAUUAUGAUUUGUUUAUCUGGUCCUGACAGUGGGAUACCGCAGCUGCAAUGUAGACGAUAAGGAGACACAGACAGAUCCAGGUAUGUAGGUAAUACAGGUAGGUAAUAUCCGAAGGCUAUUAGCCGAACUCUACGUCUAGAAUAAAAUGGAUAUAAACAGAGAAUUCAAACCCACCACGAUUUGACCCUCGCAGAAAUCGUCCUUUAAUACUUCUCAUUUUACCUCUCCCAAUGCUUCUGCUUAUUUAGUGUCUGAUUUUCUAGCACCACAUUGCCCCCACUAUUUCAGUUGGUGUCCCACCUUGUCCCCUUUUUAUUUUCCUUCUAUAUGGCUUAUCUUGGUAACGUCAUCAGUUUAUUGUGAUCCAGGACCAUCUAUAGUCUGGUCACUCUCAGAAUGUGAGCCGUACCUUCUUCACCUCUCCAUCUGCCAACAUUGCUCUACAUGUUAAUCACUUUUUGCUACAUAUCCCACUUUAUUCUAUAGUGCUGUGGAAUAUGAUGAUGAUGAUGAUAGAAAAAAAAGGUAAUAAAAAUAAUGAUUAAACCUGUACCAUCCUUUUAAAUUGUCCACCGUAAAAUAUCUGCUUUAUCACGGGUAUCUUGGUUGGGGAUACGGCUUCAUUUCUGUAAGAAUUGAUUUAACAAUCCGAGGAUUAACACAUCAGGAUAUAAUGACAAGUGGAGACCUGAGGGUUACUAACAUUCGAGGUUAAGUAAGAUACAUAGUUCUAUAAUGGUAUGAGAGGUUCCUAUGGGACAAUUAUUCCAUAGUCUCCAUUUUCUUGGAGAGAAGUGAGACUUUGCUGUCAGAGCUCUCUUGUAUGUACGUAGUGGGGAAUCGUGAUGCAGCCUAGAACAAAAACUAACCCCAUUCAACCCCCCAAUAACGACAGACCACUUAGUAUGGAUGAAACUGGCCACAGCAUUUAUUAUCACAAACUAAAUUACUGCAUAACACAUCCAUAACUUUAUUUAUUAAAUCUCUUCUUUUUCUGUAACCAAAAACGUUAGACAUAAAUAAGCAUAAAUUAACAUAUAUACAUAUAUAACUCCACCCAUAGUGUUAUACAGUGACCCAACCGUCCUUGUCAAUAAACAUACAUUGAUUCCCAAUCACCACUUCCUCUCACCUCCCCCCUCGUCAUAAAAAUCAUAUCUUUCCAAUGCCCGCCAUCAGCCGACCUUAUCCACGCUCGAUGGGCACGACACCUCAGGCAACCUAAUGUUAACCGUUUGAAGCAGGGGAGGUUGAGACCUUAAAAACUUGUUCAUCUCAUUCCAUAUACUUAAACCUAACCCCUCAAACUCAAUUGGCAAGGAUAUACCCCCGGCUAGCUGUGACUAAAUAUACUAAUAGGGCGGGAGGGAGGCUGUUUGUUGGCCCGAAUCCCAAGUGGCACUGAGGUAAGACCUCCCCCACACUAACUUACACAGAACAUAAUCCCACCCACACACUCUUUCCUAUCCAAUCCCAUGCAUCUAUCCCCACACUCCUACAUGUGCCCUUGUCCGCUUAGCUGCGCUAUCUCCCCAGGGCCUGAUUGGUUGGUAUACAAGUCCACCAAUCAGAGAACUAUGACUGAGAUUGCAGAGUGUAUGAACGCCCUAUAAGAGCUUUUCCUGCCAUGCACGGUCAGUAUGUUUUGCGCCUUCUAAGGGCUCACACGGAUUGUUAUUAUUAUUGUUAUUAUUGUGUCACUUGUCUUUUUCUGAUGCUCUGAUUUAUUUUAUUUAAUAUGCUAUAUAUUUUAUUUUUGAUAGCUUUUGCACAAAGUGAAUAGGUGUUUUGCAGAAUGCUGCUCUAUACACCUGUCUUCUUAGCCACACCCACCCAUGCCAGAAAGACUUCCUGAUCAAUGUACGUACAUAAUCUCAGCCCCAAACAGCCCUGAGUGAGCGGCUUUAAAUUCACAACCUGACAGCAGACAGUCAGAGAAAAUAGUAGUAGUGAUAUAUUUACUGUAUGUCUCCCUGGUUGUCCUCUCUUUCUAAUGCAGGUUAUUUUGUAGUUCAGAACAUUCAGUGCCGUCAAUGACUGAGCUGUGUACAUACAUUGAUAAGGAAGUAAUUUUCUGGAGUGAGGGGGUGUGGCUAAAUAGGCAGGCUUAUGGUGCAGCAUUCUGCAAAACAUUUAUUUAUUUUAUGCUAAACCGAAAAAGAUUUAAACAUGCAAAAAUACAGCAUAUUAAUAAGGUCAAAACCUCAAUGCAUUAAAGUAGUAUUGGUACUAAGACUGCCCUUUUAAGCUGAAAAUAAAACAUAGCUGAAAAUGUUUCCAGAUUGGCUUAUUUGACAUUAAAUGUUUAAUUCACUUCAAAUUCCCUUUGAAUUCUCACUUCAGUGAAUAACCUUGUAAAUGUUGCAAAUCCAGCUUUUAAUUCACGAGAGGGUCCAAAGUGCAGAAUAAACCCAUUGAUUUAAAUGCUGUAUAUAUUAAUUGUUCUGCUUUCCCUUUGUGACAUGAGCAGCAAUCUAUAAUACUACGGAUCAUAGACAUUUGUAAAUUGCAUAUUUUCCAUCUAGACAUUUUUUUCACAAAUAUGUUCUUUUUCCUUAGUGGAUGUCAUGAUGCUCAAUGAAAAAACGCCACAUAAAACACUUGAUUCAGGUAAUAAUGAUGUAAAAAGAUUAUAUAGUUCAGGUAAUCUCAUAAUAAGAUCUUCAACUGUUUUUAAAGAUUUGAAUUAAAGUUUCUUUUUCUUUUCUUUUUUUUGCAUUUUAACUGAAAAGCCCCCUUUGCCAGAGUAAUAAAUACACAGAAUGCAACGGAUAUUCAUAGACGAUUGAAACAAUGGGGUAAAGGAAGCCAUUGCAAAAGAAAACUGGUAAAAAAAACAAGUAGGAAGACACAAAAGAAAACGAGUGAGUGGAACACCAGAAAUAAACAACCUCCGAUUACGAGUUUCUUUCCAAAACUGAACAAGCAUUUAGAAAGAAGAUUACAUGAUAAACACCAUCGUGAAGACCAGAUACACGUGGACUUUCACACCCCACGAAGGUUAGCUCCGAUAUUCCAAGAGAGGACAAAUUUACGGAAUUCUACUCCAGCACACAAGCUACGGAGAAGAGCAGGAAAAGAGAACCAAGGAACACAACUCAGGAGCUGUGUGUCCUGCAAGAGAACUCUGAAAAUGUCUUCUGGAGGAAGCGAAAGAGCUGGCAACUCAAAAAGAAGAAGAAGAGAAAUGUAG